GACCUCAUCGGCCGGAUGACGCUCGCCGAGAAGGUCGCACAGCUCGGCGACAAGGCCGAUGGCGUGCAGCGGAUCGCGCUCCCCAAGUACCACUGGUGGUCCGAGGCGCUCCAUGGCAUUGCCACCACUGGGUUUGGCACCCAUUUCGGUGACAUUGUCCCCGGUGCCACCAGCUUCCCUACCCCGAUCCUCACCGCCGCCUCAUUCAACGAGUCCUUGUGGAAAAAGGUUGCUCAGGUUAUAUCCACAGAAGGAAGGGCGAUGUACAAUCUUGGCCAUUCUGGGUUGACCUUUUGGAGCCCCAACAUCAAUGUUGUUAGAGAUCCAAGAUGGGGAAGAGCUCUUGAGACACCGGGGGAGGAUCCCUUCAUGAUUGGCCGCUAUGCUAUUAACUUCGUAAGAGGUUUGCAGGAUGUUGAGCAAACUGAGGGUUAUCAAGAUUUUAGCUCUAGGCCUCUUAAGGUUUCAGGCUGCUGCAAGCACUUUGCUGCCUAUGAUCUUGACAAAUGGUUCUUCGAAGAUCGACAUAAGUUUGACGCCAGGGUGACCGAGCAAGACAUGGUAGAGACAUUUAUGCGACCCUUUGAAGUGUGUGUCAAGGAAGGUGAUGUCAGUAGUGUCAUGUGCUCCUUCAACAAAAUCAAUGGCAUUCCAGCUUGUGCUGACACCAAUCUACUGACUCGAACCUUCCGAGAGGAAUAUAAGUUUAAUGGCUACAUUGUUUCUGACUGUGACUCGCUCGAUGUCAUAUAUCGUGUAAUGAAUUGGCUUGGUGACACCCAAGAGGAUGCCAUUGGCCAAACUUUGAAAGCUGGAUUGGAUUUGAAUUGUGGAUGGGGCCAAUAUAACAUCUACCAACACUGGGGGGAGUCAGCAGUGGCUCAAGGAAAAGUGAGGGAGACCGACAUUGAUAGAGCUUUGACGAACCUUUACAUGGUUCUCAUGAGGACUGGAUUCUUUGACAACAUACCGGCUUAUGAGAACCUCGGAUCGAAAGAUAUUUGCAGCAACGAGAACAUUGAGUUGGCCACCGAGGCUGCAAGGCAAGGAAUCGUCCUGCUAAAGAACAAUAAUACAUUGCCUUUGGAUCCAAAGAAAAUUAAGCUCGCUGCAUUGGUCGGCCCUCAUGCCAACGCCACCACUCCCAUGAUUGGAAACUAUAAUGGUAUUCCAUGCCGAUACACAUCUCCAUUUGAUGCCAUUGGAAAGGAUGUUAAGGUUGAUUACCAGCAAGGAUGUGAUGUUCUUUGCACGAAUGUGGCUGCGUUUCCCCCGGCGGUAGCUUCUGCGAAGAAUGCCGACGUCACAUUCAUUUUCGCAGGGUUGAGUCUCGAUGUGGAAGCCGAAGAACGAGAUCGGAUGGAUCUCCUCCUUCCUGGCAAUCAAACUGAUCUCAUCAAUAAAGUUGUAGCUGCUUCUAAGGGCCCGGUUGUUUUGGUGAUCUUAUCAGGUGGUGCUCUUGAUAUCACCUUCGCUGAGAACAAUCCUAAGAUUGGUGCCAUCCUCUGGGCUGGCUACGCUGGUGAGGAGGGAGGUCAAGCCAUUGCCGAUAUCAUCUUUGGACGCUACAAUCCUGCCGGAAAGCUCCCAUUGACGUGGUACAAGAAUGACUACGUCGAUGCACUCCCCAUGAACUCCAUGCAGCUGCGACCAGUCGACGAGUUGGGCUACCCCGGUAGAACCUACAAGUUCUUCAACGGCACUGUCCUCUACCCCUUCGGCUAUGGCCUCAGCUACACUGCCUUCAACUACGGCGCCAUCAACACCACCACGAGCUCCCUCGCCAUGAAUUUGAGCACCCCGCACUUCUGCAAGCCCCUCACCUACAUGACUAACUUCACCGCUCCCCCUUGCCCAUCCCUCAACACCCUCGACUACGGGUGCACCGAGGAGAUCAGCUUUGAUGUUGAGGUGAAGAACACAGGGAACAUGGAUGGGUACCACACCGCGUUGGUGUACUCGAAGCCUCCGCCGGAGGUCGCCAAUGCCCCCAUGAAGCAGCUGGUGGCAUUCCAGAGGGUGUUCGUCCCUGCGAAGCAGUCAGCUACGUUGAGCUUUUCCUUCAAUGCUUGCAAGGCGUUGGCGUUGGUGGAGAAGACGGCCUACGUCGUGUUGCCUGCAGGGAAGCACACCAUUGUGGUCGGAGAUGGCCCCGAUUUGGUUUCUUUCCCAGUAGAAGUUGAUCUUCAACUUUGA